UUUGUGCCAAUGCUGGAUUUAUUGAGCUCUUUUUAGGCUGUGUGUACGCCUGGAAAGGAAAUCCUAGGUUACGUCAAGGCUGCGCUGCUUUAAGAGGAACAUUUCCUCAUCAACAGGAAGGGUGUGCUCAGAUCUGUGUACGAUGGACAAGAGCAUGGGUUCUUCAUGGAGAAGCUGGAGGGGCGGAUUCGCAAUCACGACCGCGAGAUCGAGAAGAUGUGCAACCAUCACUUCCAGGGCUUUGUGGACUCCAUCACAGAGCUGCUUAAAGUUCGUGGAGAAGCACAGAAACUCAAGGGUCAGGUGACUGAAACCAAUCAGAAACUGCAGAACAAUGGCAAGGAGCUACUGGCGACGAUGGACGAGUUGAGACGAUGCCGAUUGCAACAGAGGAACAUUGCCACCACCAUCGACAAACUCACGCACUGUCUUCCAGUGCUAGAAAUGUACAGCAGACUGCAGGAACAGAUGAGGGCCAAAAGAUACUACCCUGCACUGUGCACGUUGGAGCAGUUGGAGCAGAACUGCCUGCCGAAGGCGGGACAGUAUCGUUUCUGCGCCAUCAUGGCUGAGAACAUCCCCAUCUUGCGCACGCACAUCAGAGACGUCUCCAUGUCUGACCUCAAAGACUUUCUGGAGAGCAUACGUAAACACUCGGACAAAAUUGGAGAGACUGCCAUUAAACAGGCCCAGGUGAGAAGCUCUCGCAACAGUGCAGUCACACGGCAGCAGCGGGCGGGCAGUGGGUGGAGAUUGCGCAAGGAGGCGGGGUCAGGUACAGAAGUGGACUGGUCAGGUGGCAGCCCUCUGUCAGAAGAGGAUUCUGGGAUACUAGAUGUAGAGGAUGAGGAUGACGACGAGGUUCCUGGUGCUCAGGACUUGGUGGACUUCUCUCCUGUCUAUCGCUGCUUGCACAUCUACACAGUUCUGGGUGCCCGGGAUACAUUUGAGAACUACUACAGGAAACAGAGGAGGAAACAAGCUCGACUAGUGUUGCAGCCACAUUCGAAUAUGCAUGAAACCUUAGAGGGAUACAGGCGGUACUUCAAUCAAAUUGUAGGUUUUUUUGUAGUGGAGGACCACAUCCUGCAUACAACCCAAGGCUUAGUGAAUAGAGCUUAUGUGGAGGAGUUAUGGGAACUAGCUCUGUCAAAGACCAUUGCAGCGCUACGUACUCACUCGUCCUACUGCACUGACCCUGACCUGAUUCUGGACCUGAAAAGCCUUAUAGUCCUGUUUGCAGACACACUACAGGGUUAUGGGUUUCCAGUAAACCAACUGUUCGAUAUGGUGCUUGAGAUGAGAGAUCAAUAUGGUGAGAUUUUGCUGAAGAAGUGGAAUCAGUCCUUUAGGCAAAUCCUUGAUCAGGACAAUUACAGUCCCAUUCCUACAGCAACAGAAGAAGAGUACCGACAAAUCACAAGCCAGUUCCCCUUCCAAGACCCAGAACUAGACAUGAUGCCUUUCCCAAAGAAGUUCCCAUUUUCUGAAUUUGUACCCAAAGUCUACACGCAGCUCAAAGAGUUUAUAUACGCUUGCCUCAAAUACUCAGAGGACCUGCACCUUAGUUCUACAGAAAUUGACGACAUGAUACGCAAGUCUACUAACCUGCUGCUCACAAGAACCCUCAGUAACUCCCUGCAGUAUGCCAUCAAGAAGAAGAAUGUGGGAUUAGCAGAGUUGGUUCAAAUCAUCGUAAACACGACACACCUUGAGAUGUCCUGUCACUACCUGGAAGAGUUCAUUUCCAACAUCACCAACGUGCCUCCUGACACAGUGAACACCACCAAACUGUACGGCACCUCCACCUUUAAGGAUGCAAGGCAUGCAGCAGAAGAGGAGAUCUACACUAACCUGAAUCUAAAGAUCGAUCAGUUCCUGCAGCUGGCAGAUUAUGAUUGGAUGGCAGCUCAAGGUGGGGGUCAGGCCAGUGACUACCUGAGUGACCUCAUUGCCUUCCUCUGCAGCACAUUCGCCGUGUUCACACAUCUGCCUGGAAAGGUUGCUCAGACAGCAUGUAUGUCUGCAUGUAAACAUCUGUCCACCUCCUUGCUGCAACUGUUACUUGAAGCAGAUGUCAGGCAGGUAUCUAUGGGAGCACUCCAACAGUUCAACGUAGACGUCAGAGAGUGUGAGCGGUUUGCCAGGGCCGGCCCGGUGCCUGGCUUCCAGGGGGACACUCUGCUGCUCGCCUUCAUCGACUUGAGACAACUGUUGGAUCUCUUUACUCAGUGGGAUUGGCCAACAUACCUCGCUGACUAUGGACGUCCAACCUGCAAGUACCUGAGAGUCAGCCCACAUACCGCUCUGGCCCUCCUGGAGAAGAUGAAGGACACUAGUCGGAAAAACAACAUGUUUGCUCAGUUCCGUAAGAAUGAGCGUGACAAGCAGAAGCUCAUCGACACUGUCGUCAAGCAGCUGCGGAAUCUUAUUGCCAGCCACCAGUCCUGAGUCCACCGAUGGCUGUAUUUCGGCUGACUCCAAAUCCCAUCCCCCAAAUGAAUUUCUUGAUUGGUUACCACCGGUAAAAGCGUUAACAAAUGGAUGCCAUUGGUCUUUCAAAAUAAGUAUUUGUUUUACCCCAAAGAAUUCCAGCUAUGCUAGUUUUGCAGUCCUGUGUCUAGGCCUUUUAAUGUCUUCCUGACAGCAUCUCACUGGCCUCAGUACCAGUGAACCUUGAAACUACUCUCCCGUCUUCCUACAUGAUCAUGUAAGCACAGCAUAGGGUUACCAAUAAUGCGUCCCUUUUAAAAGCCUGUCUCUAUGAGACUUUGGUUAUUAGUUUCACAUAUCUAGCAACUACACAUUGGACAAUAGAGACUUUAAGCCUUAAUACCUGCAGGGACACUACCAUGUCCAAAAUUGAUAGAGAUGUGUAGUAUCAGAGUUCGACAGUAUUAAUUCAGAUUUAUUUCAGGUUGCUAUAGCCGUUUCUGAAGUACUCAGUGCAGAAAGACUCUAGUCUAUUUUAAACCAUCCUCAUUUGAGAGAAGUAGACUGAUGUAUUGAAACAUCCUGUAUUUUGUAGCCUUAAACCAUUCCGCAGUUAAGAUUGCUAACUCUGAACAGUCACGGUUCUCAUUUCUGAUAACACGGAUUCUGUAAUUACCUUUAAAUAGAUAGUAAGACAGAAACAAGUCUCAAAUGAGUUCUGUUAUGGACUUAACCUACCACAGGAUCUCUAUCAGCUGCUGUUAUUCUGUACAGGUUAGUUAUCAAAUCUAGAUAGAGCUCCAGCUUGGAAUAGAUCACAGCGUUGUUGCCUGUAUAAAGGGAGUGUGUGGGCGUGCGUGCCUACUUUUGGGUUGUGGGUCUUUAUUUAAUUGAUGGGAUUUUCUCAUCAAGUGGGUGCAAUACUACUAUUAUUGUCAAAGAGGGAAGAGUCAUAAAAUCUUUGGAAAGUAGGUAAAGUUUUCUUUGUCAACACCAGAGGUUAUGUUUUGGUUUUACUGGCUGUAGAUUACUUUUACGUGCAUUGUCUGUGUGACCAUUGUCACUACCCCAUUGUUUGUGUGGAUAAACCCUGGCCCACUGUGAAGGGAAAAUAAAAUCAAAACUUAAAGGGAAUAAUUCUUCCCUAACCGUUCGGUUUAGUGUGUGAGAUUUGGGAGGGUGUGUGUAGCGUUUUAUGGUUGUGCUUUACUUUGAUUUUGACUUUUCUGCACCUGAACUCGGGUCAGUAGCCAAGCCACGGGGGGGCGCGCGCGUGCGUGCGCCAUUGCGUAUGAACAGAGUUGUGUGGGUUUAUAGAAAACUGUUCAUUUUUGUUGAUGGUGACAGAUGCACUGUACAGAAUGUAAUGUUAAACCACUAAUGAAUGACCUUCCAAUACUAAUAAAGUCUAAAACAAUUGCCAACCAAUAUCAAAUUAAAAAAAACAAUUAA